AUGUCUCUCGAGACUCUGCGUGGCAUCCUCGGGCCUGAGAUCGAGGAUCCCGAAGAAGAGACCUUCCUUCUCUUCUCCCAGAAUAUCCCCUCGCAGAACCUGGGAUUCGUCGACUCCACCGCCGCCCUCCUCGAGUUGACCGUUGCCGGCCGCGAUCUCACCAUCCACCAGUCGCCCGCCGUCCUCUCGUCCAACCGCCCCGGCGGCACCACAGGAGCAGUGGUCUGGAAAAUCACCCCCCUAUUUGCAGGCUGGCUCGCGUCGCCCAGCAAUGUCCUCUUCCGCGCCGGGAUCCUCGCCGACUCGUCGGCGGUCCUCGAGCUGGGAUGCGGCGUGUCAGCCAUAGUGGGCCUGACCCUCGCGGCGCACGUGUCGAGAUACGUCCUCACCGACCAGCCCUACGUGGCCAAGUUCGUAGGGCAGAACAUCGAGGAGAACAGAGACGUCCUCCUCCUCCUCCACCACCACCACGCCGGCUCAGGGCCCGCCCGCCAUGGCAAGGCUUCGGCAAAGAGCCGCAGCGCCGCCAGGGGCAGCAGACACCCAGCCGGCGGCGACCACUCCCACGCCGCCACAGGUCCCCGCGCGGCGCCGCCCCCGGCGGACAGGCUGCGCUUUGCGCCCCUGGACUGGGAGAAGGACGAGGUCACGGCGGCGUCGGCGCUGGCGCUGACGGGGUCUGCCGACACACGCAGCUUCGACGCCGUCGUGGCCUGCGACUGCAUCUACAACGAGGCCCUGAUCGAGCCCUUUGUGCGGACGUGCGUCGACGUCUGCAGGCUCCGAGGUCGCCGCGGCGAAGACGACGACGACGACGACGAGGCAAGACCCUGCGUCUGCAUCGUGGCCCAGCAGCUGCGCGACCCCGACAUCUUCGAGGCCUGGGCCAGGCGCUUCUGCCAGUCGUUUCACGCGCUGCGGGUGCCCGACGACCAGCUCCCCGAGGGCUUGCGCUCUGCAGCCGGAUACCGCGACCUUGACUGA